UGAUGACGCCACGCGUAGAUCAUAGGAAGUAAUUUGCAUUUAUAUCAAGUCAACACAAUACGUUAAAUGCUGCCCAUAUAUAUCAAAAAUUUUAAGGAUGGGUGUGAAAGGUCUUCAGUACUUUAUAGACUGCUGCUGUCCAGAAGUCUGUGUGACUGUGAACUUGAGAGAGAUGGCCACACAACAUGCUGCCAGAAGCACAACCACAGCUAACAGCGCAGGUCCCACACUCGUUGUGGAUGGUAUGGCCUGUCUGCGCCACUGGUACUCAUGUAGGGACUGGGUGUGUGGGGGGCAGUGGAGGGAGUACAUGGACAUCCUGAAGAGCUGGGUGGAGAAAUUUACCUCCGCAGGAAUCAGACUCGUCUUCUUCUUUGAUGGUGUGGUGGAAGAGCAGAAGAGACAAGCAUGGGUGAAGAGGAGACGCAGAGUGAACGGGGAAAUUUCUAAAAUAUUUCGUCACAUAAAGGCACAUGGAGAGCAGCCUGGUAGAGAGCUCUUUUGUCUGCCUUCUGGUCUUGCAACAUACACGUGCUUUGCUCUGAGGUCAUUGGGUCAGGAAGUGUUUUGCUCAGUGCAGGAGGCUGACUAUGAGAUUGCCAACUACGCCCGUCAGCAUGGCAGCAUGGGCAUUCUGGGACAGGACUCAGACUUCAUCAUAUACGACAGUGCCCCCUACUUGUCGGUGGCAAAGCUGCGGAUAAACAGCCUCACCACCGUCCUGUACGACCGACAGAGCUUCUGCCGAGCCACUGGAUUGGCUGUUAACCAGCUACCGCUGCUGGCCUGUCUCCUAGGUAACGAUGUGGUGUCAGAGGAGCAGAUGCACCACAUAAGGAACAAGGCCAUGGAAACAUACAGGAAAAACAAUCCUGCACCACACUCUGGUGCUCCUCGGGGACAGAUUUUCCUAGCUGUAUCCCAGCUUGUGAGCUCUUUGUGGGGCAGACAGGAGGAAGAGACUGGACAUAUCCUUCAGUCUCUGAAUCUAUCAGCUCCUCACAGGGAGCUACUGAAGAGGGGGAUCUGCUCCUACUUACUCCCUGGACAGGAAGCUCUUCAGCAAGGUGACAUCUCUGCACGUCCCUCCGCCUCUGCCUUUGAGAAAUAUGUUAGUCCAGAAAUAUUAAAGGCGUGCAGAGAAAAGCAUGUAGCAGCAGAGGGUUUUAUGGUUUACGGUGUUGUGUGUGAGGGAGUCAUUGAAUGUAGCAACACCUUGGAGGACGAAGAAGAUGCUGAACUGCUGCCUCAGGCCAUCGUCUACAAACCCUGCAGACAGCACAUCUAUGGACUGCUGCUCGGGCAUGAUGGUAGCACUGCUGACACUCCAGCAAUUAGGGAAUGGUUUGUCUACCCCGGAAACCCUCUGAAGGAACCUGACAUGGUCCACCCUGUCCCUGUCGGCCUCCCAUGUGAUCGUCCCAGUCUGGACUUGUUGUGGUUCGGCACUGGUUCUAAUAUUUCUGCCCUUCGCUUGACAUCCUUCCUUACAAUUUUUGGCUGCCAGGAGUUCUCUGAGUUGUAUGGCGCCGUUGAAUUCUCUCUCCUGGCUGCUUUCGUCCUGGUCACUUACAUUGUCCUGCAGGUGCAGACUUUGUCUCUAGAGGACGUGGAUGCUUACCUGAGUCAGUGUGUCUGUCUGAGCACAAAAUCCUCUCAGGAGCUUCAGCAGAUCAAGUUGCCCUGCCUCUCCAGUCGUGCGGUGCAGCUGGGAUCUCUCUAUGUCCGAGGACUGAGCCACCUGCUGGGUGCUAACUGUGCCAGUGGCUGCCCGCUGCCCAACGCUGCCCUGAUGCCUUGGCACAGUUUUGACGGAAGGCUGUUCCACUCAAAGUACCUGCUGGCACAUAGUGGGGCAGAGAAAACUGUACUGCUAGACAGCAAUUCGUCCUUUCUGUCCCUGUUUUUCCACCUAAGAGAGAAACUUAUAGAAACCUGCACGAAGAGAGGCAGAGUCCUGCAGUCCAGACCCAGACCCAGUGUACCAGAGCAAAGUCAUAAAACCACACCAGGACCCAGAUACAGAGACAGACACACAGGUUGGCCUCCAGGUGGUGGUGAGGGCUGGAGGGAGAGAGGAGAGAUGACAGGAGGUCCUCAACAUGGAGGGGAAUGGAGGGAGGCAGGGGCGGAAAGAACAGACCGAAGUAAAAAUGAAAACGGAGAGAGACCGUGGGAGAGAGGAGGACACAGAGGAAGAGGGAUGAGAGGAGGCCAACAUUUUCAUCCUCAGUCUUAUCCUGACUACCUCAGUGGAGGUCCCCAGAACACAAGCCAUCCUCCAAAACAGUCCAGAGGUCGAUCGCAUCACAGCAGAGGGAGAUACCACUUGGCUCCCAGAUUUGAUUUGACUACAUUGUUUUUGCAAUUCUUUUUGGCAGUCGACAGAUUUCACAUGUUGGAACUUCCACAAAUGUUUCACAACUGAAAUACCAUGUGGUGAAAAAAGUAUUUCAGCUAACGUGAGACAAAAUAAAAUAAAGUGGAUUGGGAGUACAUUGUUAUAUACUGCUUAUCUCAAGAAAGUUGAUCUGCCCUGCAGACUGACUUUCACACAAAGAUGAAUGGAAAACAGUGGCUGCAGAUGUGAAAACGUAUUAUGCACUUUGGAAAAUGGUUGGCAGUCAUGUGAGGUAUAAUUAAACGGGCUAGAACAUGCAAAGUCACCGCUAUGGCCAUAGAUCUCCACUAUGAAUGAGUGUGUGAUGUGAAGUGUGUGUGGGUGUGUAAACUAGUGUGCGUGUAUUAGGCUAGUUACAGGAUCAUCUCCUACCGUCAUUGAGGUGUGAACCCUAGAAUUGUCACCCACCCGCCCCACCCCCUUUACACCAGCCCAGGUGUCAAAGCCCCCACUGAGGUGACACUUAUCACUCGUCUGGGAAAAAGCUGCUCUGCAACAACAACACACACACAGACACUCAGAUACCAGAGGGUAACUUGGGUUGGAAAAUGUCUCUCCUUCUCACCAGAUAUUAAGGUCUAUAGAUUAUCAGGUCUGGACAAGAAUGAUAAAAUGACCGUGGCAACCGUGUGAGCAGAACUGGUUCGAGAACCGUCUUUUAGGCUUUCCUGCUCACCCAGCUCUGUCUAGUAAGCUGUCCAUUCAAAGAUACUGGCUCUGUACUAUUCACUGAUCUACAUCAGGCUCACUAGCUGGCUCAGCAUGUUGGGCCUCGUCUCAAAUACUAACACAGACACACAUUCACUCCCAGAUUUAUCUAUGAUUACCUGACUGGUGUCUGUUUUAGGCUGUGUAUCUUGCUCUGUUCUCCCUCCUCCUUUCCUCUGAAGAUAGACAUGUCACUCACACUACAGAGGAUAUGUGUGUGUGUGUGUGUGUGUGUGUGUGUGUGUGAGUGUGGCUGAGAGAGAAAGUGUGUGUGUGCGUGCUGACAAUUUGGGAUGUUGAGUCACACACUGUAGGGCAGAUAACUCAGCAGACAGACAAACACAUCAGAAUUAAGAACAAAAAACCAUUCGUUUUUAUAAAGAUUAAUGCAGACCUAGUAAAUACAAAAUUAGUACAUUAGGUGCUGUAUAAAAAGUACCUUGUUAUUAUAAACUCACUGGAAAGUCUUAAGUUUUACAGGUUUAAUAUGCAACAGAAUGCUUGAACAGGACAAACAUGCAAGCCACAGAAUAUAAACAUUUGAGGAGGACAGUAGCCAAGUGGUUGUAAAAGUGACCUUGUGACCAGAGGGUCAGUGGUUCAAAUUCCUGGACUGCCUGGCAGGGAAAGGGGCUGCCAUCAAGGCACUGUAGAACAGAGUACUCAACACUGCAGUGGAUCUGUUCAGGUAACACCCGCAGCAUACUGUGGGUUACACUGCACUAUGCAGCUGCAAGAUGCUACAAAGGGUCGCUCUGGUACAGCACUCACUUAAACUGUCAUUCACUGCAAAUUAAACAACUUGAUUAUCAAAUAAGCAUUGUGAAGGACAGCUCAAAAACAGCUGAAAUGUUGCAGAUAGCAUAUAGAAGUUAUGAAAUUGUCACAUAUUGAGAUUAAGAUUCUAUAAAACAAUAUCUUCAUAUUAGCAUUUAAUCAAAUGAGUCCCUACAUUGUGAAAGUUCAGCUCUGUGUUGCUUCCGGAUGAUUUCUACUUAUUGUUUUGGUGUGCUGGGCUGCCUGCUUGAGUCCCUCUGGCUCCCUUCAGGUAACUGUGUGCGUGCAUUAGUAAACUGAGUGUGAUUAGUUAAUAUGGUAUGUCAGAGCUUGUUGCUUUGAGUUUGUUUUGGAGUCAGCUUUGUGCCCUCUUGAUUGCAACCUGUAUCCUGUGUUAUCUUAGAAACAAUUGCUAAAACAGAUGAAGCUAUGUUUUUCUAUUAGACAUCCCAGACAACCUCAGUUAUUAUAUUACAUUAGGUUUCAGUUUGCCACUUAUAUGAGAUCUCGCAUUCCUUUUGAAUCUCCUCCAAGUUCAACAGAAAUGCUUGUUAAAAUGGAUCAUCUCAUGUUUCUGAGCUUUUGUAUUGUGUCACUACUUGCAGCAAUUAUUUUUUAACAGACUGGACAGCAGUAUAUAUUUACUAUGCUGCUGUAAAUAUUAUUAGUUUCUGUUCACCUGACAAACAAAAAUCUGCAGCUCUUAUUUCUUAACUCUGUUGAAUGGCUUUUCAGAUAAACUCCAAAGCCACUGGAAGGAAAAGUUACUGCUGCAGCUCUGUUCAGGAACAUAAAGGCUCCGCCGCUCUCAUGUGGCUCUGGAUUCUCCACUGGUAGGCAGUUUGCCACAAUCCCUGCAGCAGUGAGACGCUGAUCUGCAGAAAAUGUGCAUGUAUUACUUGGAUUAGUUGGAUUAUACUGCUAGGAGUCUAAAUAAAAAGGGGAGAGCUAGUUUUAAGUUCUCUCACAGGAGGGAUGUUGUUUUUGUGAAACUUUUAUCGGAGGGUUUAUUAACCUCUCCUGCCCUGUUGUCCCAUUUUUAAUUCUCAAUUCUCAGCAGUUGGUGAGCUCUCAUUUUGUCAUGUGAAGUACAGUAUUAUAAAGUAUUAUACUGUAUUCAACCAAAUCAAACAUAUAUACUGUACAUCAACAGAGAUCGUCCAUGACCCUGUCUGCAUAUAAAGCAUGAAAAGGGUAAGCCAUAAUGAACCUUAAUGUGUAUUUAGCCCCUCUGAAUAUUUUUUAAACAACAGAUGUGGCUUUUUGUCUCAAGUUGUUUCUCGAUCAAAAUUACCAACCCUCUUUUUUGAUAAGUAAAAAUUGAAUAAAAGUGGCGAGUGUCUCUUGUGCUGUCCAUAUAAUCAUUGUUGUCCCUUUAAAUGAAGGUGUCUUGACUUUUUGGAUCCCAGUAAGGACAGGUAGGUAGUCUAGACUGUUGCGCUGUAAUGGUCACUGUAAUGGUGUGCAAUCGCAUGUGACAUCCCUAUGAUAAUAGUUGUUGUCCUCAUAAUUGGUGUUAUCAAUUGUGCUGCCCCUGUAAUAUGUACUGUCCCACAUGAGGCGUCUUCCAGGUGACACUUUGACUGCCUCCAACAGAGAUGAUGUUUGAUGUGUCACAACUUGGUAUCGAAGCCAUCACAUGUAAAUGAAAUUUGAUGCAGUGAUGUAAGUAUUCAUCACACCUGCCUGGAGUCUUCAUGUGGUUACCAUUUAAAAACUAUUUAAAUUAGCCCUCUUUAAAUUCUAGCCUUUGAUAAUCAUAUCUAAUCUCAAACCAAAAGAUCUUAACCCCAGUGUAAUGGGCAGCAUACAUAUCUAAAUAUAAAUAAGACUAAGGAUUAGGGCAGAAAGUGUUUACAUCUUUGCUUUCAUAAUUGUGGUUAUUCUAACACAAGAAUAAUUCUACAUAAAAUAAAUGGUGACAUCAAAUCCAUUUGUUUUUUAUAAAAGGGACAUUCUUGAAAGCAGCCUACACAUAGAAUAAACCAUACAAUGGCACACUCCCCUCUAAUGAUUUAUUAUGCUGUUUUUUUGGGAGCAAUUGCAUUCCUCAUUUUCUUUAUUUA